AGUUCAUUUCCACCUUUCAAGCUUAAAGUAUACGCGUGUGAUAAAGUCCUUGGAAUAGAAAUUAAUCAUAAGCAGCAGAAAUGGAUAAAGAUACGCCGGAAAUAACGCCUUUCAGGACAUCCGAACGUAUGGAAGAUGCUAAACUUCCCUUCUGGAGGAAACGUCGUUACCACGUUGUAGUCAUGAUCUUCUUGGGAUUCAUCUUUCUCUAUACCCUUCGUGUGAAUCUCAGUGUUGCCGUUGUGGCAAUGACUCAAACACGGAACGUAACGCUGGAAGAUGGUACAGUCGUUGAAGAACAAGGCUUUGAUUGGAAUUCCAAGCAGCAGGGACUUAUCCUCAGUGCUUAUUUCUACGGUUCCAUAACGACACAUCUUCUAGGUGGUUAUUUAGGAACACGUUUUGGUGGUCAUUUGGUAUUUGGCAUAAGUGUUGUGGUUUGUUCAGUAAUGGACUUACUUAUGCCAGUUCUAGCUAAAUCACAUUUAGCAUUGUUUGUUGCAGCUAGGAUAAUUCAAGGAAUUUUCGGGGGCAUAUCCUUCCCGUCCGUGAUGGCUAUUUGGUCAAAAUGGGCUCCUGUUUACGAAAGAUCCUCAAUGGGAAAUGUAACGUACACUGGAAUAUAUAUCGGAGGAAUUAUUGCAUUACUUCUAUCUGGCGUUUUAGCUGUUAAAUGGGGAUGGGAGAGCAUAUUCUACUUCUUCGGCUCAUUAUCAUUUCUUUGGUACAUUGUAUGGAUAUUUGUGGUAAAAGCAAGCCCAGAAGUUGAUCCUUUUAUAACGGAUGCUGAGAAAAGGUACAUCCUCUCCAGUCUUGGGGAUAGUAAGAAGGGAAAGGAUAUCGUACAUCCGUGGAAGGAUAUUUUUACAUCAGCACCCGUUUGGGCAAUUAUUGUGGCCGAUCUUACAGCAAUGUGGGGUACUUUUACUCUCUUAACUCAGCUACCAAUGUUUCUCAGUGAUACUCUGCAUUUUGAUAUGGACACAACGGGAAUUAUGUCGUCUAUUCCCUACAUAGCAUUGGUCUGUAUGUUAUUCGUUGCUGGCUUUCUUGCUGAUUGGAUUCAGGUGAAAGGAUACCUGCGUACAGGACAGAUUCGUCGUUACUUCACUGGUAUUCCUUACCUGCUCCAAAUGGUAUUUAUGUUCCUUACGGCCUACACAACAAAUCCCACCCUCUGUGUUGUCUUCAUCACUAUCGGUACAGCAGUUGGGGCCUUUCCCUGGUCAGGCUACGUAGUUAGUGGUCUGGACAUUGCCCCAAGCCAUGUGUCAGUCAUUACAGGCUUUUGUGGGACACUUUCAACCCUCGCGGGCAUCAUUAGUCCCACCCUAAUGGGAUUUAUUGUUACCGACAAAACACGCGAGCAGUGGCAAAUUGUCUUUUAUAUUUCAGCUGGGAUUUAUUUAUUUGGUGCAAUUUUUAGUUUAAUUUUCAUUAGCGGGAAAUUGCAACCAUGGGCUAAGAUUGAUCAGGAGAAAUUGGCACUAAAAAAGCUAGAAGCAUUAUCUGAUGAGAAAAAUUAAUAAAUAUUUUACAAAAAGUCCUUGCAAGUCACAGAUAAAUAGAUUAAAAUUUCCCCAAUCUCCCCUAUUUUAUACAUACAUAUGUCUAAGAAACACAUAAUGAUGGCCCUUGAAAUAAUGAACUAUUAAAGAUUAAUUAGUCUCAAGUAGGUACUUAAACUUGUCUCUUAUCUGUGUAUUUACUAGGGCAUUUAUGGAACUUUAAUAAAAAAAAUCUUUUAUGUACUUAUAAAAUCCUUGAAUUUAAAGUAAUAAAUUCCCGAAAAAAAUCAAAUUUUUUAUUAGAAAGAUUGGAAACCUUAAAUUAAAAAAAAUUCUAUAUUUAUACAAAAAUCUUUCGUUUAAAAUUAUAUAUCUUUACAUUUGUAAAGUAGAAAGGACUUAACAAUAGAGCUUUUAUCAAA